UGUUUUUAAAAACAAAAUCAUGUUAUAAAACUAACACUGUUAGAAUAAGUUGAUAAUUUGAUAAUGCAUUGAAAUAUCAAUAUGUUUGUGACUAACGGUUUCAGAAUAUACUUCAACCUAUUUUACAUGCUGUUUACGCUCGUUGAUGAACAUGAAGUUUCACAGAUAUCGAAACCAGAGAUAAAGUCGAUGCACAUUUCAUCAGAUAUCUACUUCAGAUUUGCUACAACAGUAGUGGAGACUAAAAUUCUCAACGUAAACCAAGAAGCAUCAGAAAUAAUGUUUGAUAUGACUCUACCAGAUUCAGCUUUUAUAACAGGCUUUACAAUGGAAAUAGGUGGCAAACGAUAUGCCGGUAAUGUCAAAGAGAAGGAGAAAGCAAAAAGGCAGUUUGAAGAGGCGAAAAGUCGUGGAGAAAGUGCUGGUCAUAUUGCUGCGUCCCCAAGAACUUCGAACAAGUUUAACAUACUUGUUAAUGUUGAGAAGAAUGCAUUAGUGGUAUUCAAACUGAAAUAUCAAGAAUUGCUGAGACGGAGCCUCGGAUCAUAUCAUCACGUGAUUUAUGUAGAUCCUGGUCAAAUAGUGGAAGACUUUGAAAUAAAAGUGUUCAUUAGUGAGUCCAGAGAAAUCAUAGAUCUAACAAUGCCACCAUUGGAAGGGAAAACAAAAAUUGAUGUUGGUAAAUCUGCUAAUAUCAAACAUAUUUCACCAAAGAGAAUAGACAUAACAUACGCCCCGAGUGUUCAGGACCAGAAAGCAAUGUCACAAGAAGGUAUAUCUGGACAGUUUAAAGUGAAGUAUGAUGUUACCAGGGACAAAGAUGCUGGAGAUAUAUUGGUAGUGAAUGGAUAUUUUGUUCAUAUGUUUGCUCCAAAAGACUUGAAAUCUCUACCUAAAGAUGUAAUGUUUGUAUUGGACAAAAGUGGGAGUAUGACAGGUAGAAAAAUAAAGCAACUGAAAGAAGCAAUGAAGCUAAUCAUGCAGGAUAUGAACACAAAAGACAGAUUCAAUAUUUUGUUUUUCGACCACAGUUUUGAUUGGUUAAACAAAACCAAAAUGCUAGAAGGAACAAAGGUUAAUUUUGGGAAAGCAGAGAGAUUCAUAGAAAACAAUAUGGCAAGGGGAAGUACAAACAUUAACACUGCAGUAAUAGACGGAAUAAAAUUACUAACGAAAUACCUGGAUACGCAAAGGUCUACUAUUUUAAUGUUUUUGACAGAUGGACUUCCAACUACAGGAGAAACAAGAACUGAUACAAUUUUAAAAAAUGUAAGAAAUUCCAAUGAGGCUAAACUUCCUAUCUUUAGCUUAGGCUUCGGAAAUAAUGUGAAUUUCAAUUUUCUUAAACAGAUGUCUUUACAAAAUAAUGGGUUCGCACGACGAAUAUAUCAAGAUUCGGAUGCUGCUUUGCAGAUUAAGGGAUUAUAUUCCGAAAUUUCAUCGGUUCUUUUAAAAAAUGUCACGUUUGAUUAUUUAGGUGACAUUGACAUGAAUACAUUAACCCAGAACCACUAUCCAUCUUAUUUUGCCGGUUCCGAAUUGAUAGUUGCAGGUCAGAUGAGAUCUAAAGGUUCUUACAUUGUACCCCGCGUCAAAGGUUGGAACGAUGCAUACAUAGAUUUACCAUGGAAACCGAGACCAAUUCCUGACCUCAAGGCAAUAACCACUGAUACUGAUUUAGCAAUGAUAACGGAAAAAAUGUGGGCCUAUCUAACAAUAAAACAAUUGAUUCGAGAUAUCGAUGGUGAUAUUACAAGUACAAAGAAGGAUGAAAUAAAAGCUAAAAUCAUAUCCUUGGCAAUACAGUACCAGUUCGUCACACCUUUUACAUCUAUGGUAGUUACCGCACCUCAGCUCCGUCGAUCGAGACAGUUUAGCACACACAUCAAUAAUCAUGGUGGUUUAGGUUCGAGACUUAAAGGAAGUAUAGUUGGUAGUGGACUUAGUGGAAGUCUUGGAGGUGGAUUUAGUGGAGGUAUACGAGGUGGACUUAGUGGAGGUUCUGGAUCUGGACUUGGUGGAGGUAUUGGAGGUGGACUAGGUGGAGUUUUUGCAGCUGGUCUUAGUGGAGGUAUUGGAGGUGGACUUAGUGGAGGUGGAGGCGGACAAACGAGAUAUAUGUCAGUAAAGACGAUACCAAUCUUCGAUCCAUUUUUUCAAGUUUUAAACGACGGAUUUCCAAAUUUCUUCUUACACCUGAAAGGAUCAACAGUACCUCUCUGUAUGCAUUUGAAUCCAAACGACACAGGGAGAUAUCAGUUCUUAUACAGUCCAAGAAAGCCACGAAAAUCAAUUCAUGUAAUAUUUGGUAAAACUACAAUUCGGAGAAUAGAAAAAGAUUACAUAAAAUCUGUGGAGUUAAGGGAAGAAACAGAAAAUCAAUAUCUGGAUUCAAACUUAUUGAGAGUAUCGAAUGCCACUUGGAAUGCGACAAGAGUAUGGAGGGACAUCAAUUACAGAAGAACAACAAGAUUUCCGUUAAUAAAUCUAACUGUAACAGUCUCCCCCUCUGAAGUACGAUUAUCUGGUUUAGAACUUCAUCUUUAUAUACAACAAAGCAACAUCGCUAACGCUACUGGACCACUACGUUGGUUCAUUGGAAUGGAAAUUGAAACCUUUUCUAAAACUGAAAUAGUUGUCCGACCUAAUGUUGGAAAACAGUUUAUUAUCAGACAGUUUAAACUGUUGAAGUCAAUGCCUAUGAUGUCACAUGUAACAGAAUCAUGUUGGUACAUAAAGAAUCCCCAAAAGGAAAUUCCUCUUUUCAAGCGCUUAUUUCAGCAAAAGGAUGUAGAUACAUGGGUUUAAUUGUUUUAAAAUCAAUAAUCUUUUUAAAAGGUCAACCACAUUUGAUAGAGGAUUAAAACAAUUACAAACAUUGGAUACAAAUCGAUUCAAUAAAGUUAACUCUGAAAUAAACAGUAUUUAUAAA